AUGGAGCUUUCUUUGAAGAAUGCAACUUAUAUUCAUACAUAUAUUGAAGGAAUUUUGAAGGAUGUAAAACAAGAACCGAGAACUAGGAUGUGUCUAAAGGAUUGUAUGGAAUUUUACUCUACUGCUGUAGAAGAUCUUCAAGAAGCCAUGGAAGCAUUUAAUGGUAAAGAUUAUUAUAAUGCUCUCAGACUUGUGAGCGAUGCCGGGAUCUAUGCAGAUACAUGUAAAACUGGGUUUACAGAAUUUGGUGUUGAUUUCAAUCUAUUAAGGAAACAAGAUUAUGAUUUCUAUCAGCUAACUGACAUUUCCCUAGAUAUAAUUGCAAAAAUAUCCGAUUCAAAAGUGUAA